UGUGUCGGGACGACGCUUGAUUAAGCCGGUUGAAUAAAAAUAGUUUAACGUUCGUCGGGUGAAUUGCCCGCCAGAUUCAAAUAAUUAUUGUAUUUAUAAUUGCUGUAAGGGAUAAAUGUUAAACUCAAAUGGAUAAAUUAUUUUAUUUGACAUUUUUUUUAUACCUUCAUAGUGUAUAAGACAAGGGUGAAAAUGUCAACGAGUGCACGAGAGCACCAAAGUUGUAAAUUUACUCGAGUUUCGAUGAAUAAUUAAUUAGAAACCAGUGAUUUACAUUCGAUGGAGUCGCAUAAUUGCAGUGACUAAUACGCACUGCGGUGUUAGACUCAUCCAUUUCUAUACUCUUCUUUGGAUUUUGCUGAACUAGAGAAAAAGUAACAAUGGAUAACUUGAAGAAUAAAAAGGAGAUUCGAUUAUUGGAGUUUGGUGUAUUAUUGACCAUUUUCACGUCGUUGACUUCAGCACUUUAUUUUCCACAAUCAGACUUACGGCUGAGGCUACCUUAUUCUAAGAACAACCAUGAAGUCUUGGAAUCAGAUGUUACUCUUUUCAUUCUACGAACUCUCCGGAAUGAUUCUGUCAUAUCGAAAGCUCUAAAAUAUCGAAUUGUGUCUGUACAUGAUGAUGUUGUGAAAUUAGACUUCAAAACAGGGGAGGUUACUUAUGAUCCUCGUACUUUUUCCAAACAAGGAAAUGGCUUGAAAACAAUUAUUAUACAAGCUACAGAGCCAGACAGUACUGAUGCGAAGAUGGAGAUAAAAAUUGAACCAGUAGAAAUUAAAGAGGAUCGACUGGACUGUGUAGAAUUUACCAGGGACAUGUGCUUUUGGAACGUAUCAAAGUACAAAAUCUAUGAAAAUCAGCCCUCUACAAUGCUUGGAAGAUUGAGCUCACCAGUGUACAAGACCUUUUGCCCAAAUUAUCACAUUACCCACUAUGAAUUAUUAAAUGGAACGAGAUAUUUUCAUAUUUUAAACGAAGAUCUCUACUCAAAUGCAUCACUAGAUAGGGACACAGUAGAUAAUCCAGGAGGUCCUGGAGCUCACGUAGACAUUCAAGUACGAUGUGUUAUAUGGAAUGAGAAAUCAGGAAACCAGUAUUCUCACGAGACGAAUCUCAACAUCGACAUUCUGGAUUUGGAUGACAAUCCUCCUGUAGCACAGACGAAUACAAACGUCGCGAUAACACUUCGGGAUUUUUCAGUGGGAGCAAGACUUGAUGAUAACGAUUUAAUGAUCAAGGAUGCUGAUUCAAUUGGUAGUAACACCUACAGCGUUCGAAUAUUAGGAGAUAUUCAUGAUGCAUUGAAUAUAACCUACAGCACUAUUCCAAUCGAACAUCCAAACCAUCCAGAAAAUCCACCUUCUACUGCUAUUUUCACUAGAAUUUUUUCCAAGACGACACUUCUACCAAAGUCACCAUACAUAGUCGUGCUUCAAGUAACUGAUGAAAGCUUGAUCCCAGGAUAUGGCGAAAAAUCAGUAAACAUUACUUUAUCAUUCAUUGGACCUCAACAUCAUUUGACCUCCACAACAACGACAGCCCCAUCGAAGAAGCCAAUCUCUUUUCCAACAACUGUAACGAUGUCCCGAGUGUCAUUACAGUUUUUUAGGAUUACUCAACCGACGUUUAAACCUCCUUCAAAAUUAACGUUCAGUCUUCAAGGCUCUGAGGCUUUUAAUAUUACUUUCAAGGGAGGAAUUAUAUAUGUUGCUAAUUCUUCAGUACUUAGUAGAACGGCGCCUUCGAAAAUACCAUUAACCAUUCAAUGGAGAACAUCCGAUCACAAAACAUCCACAGUUUCUCUGACAAUAAAUCUAGUAAACGCAUCAUCAGCUGCACAUGGAAACACUUGUGUCAAUCAAUCAACUAUAAUUCACUCGUGUGCAAACUCUAUGACAAAAAAGUCAUGUGAGCUACAAUGUGGUAUAGGUGCUGGAUCAUUCAGUAAUUCCCACACAACUGCGUGCAUGUGGCGGUCUAAUAAUGGAGUAAAUUCAGCAAUAAUGACUGAACGUUAUGAAACCUGCACUCCAGAUCUUGUUCAUUGUCCAGACAACAUUUGCGAUGAAUUGGAGCAACUGGACCAUCGAAUCUGUCCUCAAGAUUGCACUAUUGAAUCUGAAGUGCACUUUGGCGAGAUGAAUCGAGAAGGAAGAGGCAUAAAGGUCGGAUUAGGCACGUGUUGGUGCAAUGAUAUGAUCCAAUGUACUUGCGGUCAUAUGUCUUUUCGCAAGAGUACUGGUGACAAUUCCAAUACUAGUGGUGGUACGUUCGGAGGAAGCAGUAAAGACUCGUAUAAACCAAAGAAAGAACGUCAGAAGGAACCAGUCGUCCCUGACGCACAUAAAAUUGCAUCAACCAAUGUUUGUGGACUAACUUGUUUAAUUGGCGUGAUUGGCGCUAGCUUUUUCGUCUUAUUCAUCGUUGGAGUUUUCAUCAUAAGGAAAUAUAGAACUAUUGGAAAAGGAUCAAGACGCGAGUGUAAGAACCGAUCAGAUGACAUGAGCAACGGGCUUGGAAUCCUUUCAUUGGACUAUUUAGACCGUGGUGAUGGACAUCUCAUAAAUAGCGAUCCGUUUGCUACGGCUAAUCGAACUCUCUUGAUCCCGAAAACGACACCGCCGGAUCCCAAAUGGGAAUUUCCACGAUCAAGAUUAACAAUAGAGCAAGUCUUAGGUGAGGGAGAAUUCGGUAGAGUUUUAAGAGCAAAAGCAGUAGACAUUGGAGGUUGGUCUGGAUCUACUACUGUAGCUGUGAAGACGUUAAAAGAAGAUGCAAGUGGAUCUGAACUAGCUGAUCUUCUUUCUGAAUACCAGUUACUCAAAGAAGCACAACAUCCGAAUGUGAUAAGGCUGCUUGGUGCAUGUACGUCGCCUGGGGGACCAGUUUAUCUUAUCAUCGAGUUCGCUGAGUUUGGUUCACUCAGAAAUUAUUUGAGAAGAAGCCGUCAUCUAGAGUUAGAAGGACCAAUACCUUGUUCGACUUCUUUACUUACAGCUUCACUCAGUAAUACUAAGGAAGAAGCACCAGAUACAACCGUAAAUUACACAAUAACUCCUCACGAUAUACUCUCUUUCGCUUGGCAGAUCAGUAAAGGAAUGGCUUAUCUAGCUGACAUCAAGUUGGUCCAUCGAGAUCUUGCGGCAAGGAAUGUGCUUCUUGCAUCUGGUAAAGUUUGCAAAAUUUCGGACUUUGGAUUAACAAGAGAUGUCUAUGAAGAUGAAGCUUACUUGAAAAGAAGUAAAGGACGAGUCCCAGUAAAGUGGAUGGCACCAGAAUCCUUGGCAGACCAUGUUUACACAAGUAAAUCUGACGUAUGGAGUUUUGGGGUGCUUUUAUGGGAAUUAGUGACUCUAGGAGCUUCACCAUAUCCCGGUGUAGAUGUUCAUAAUCUCUACAACUUACUCAAGACCGGAUACCGGAUGGAAAGACCCGCUAAUUGUUCUAUCCAGCUAUAUAAAUUAAUGGCUUCCUGUUGGCACGACGAACCUGCCAUGAGACCCUCAUUCAAAGAGCUUACCUGUCAGUGGGAACGUAUGCUUGAGGAUGGCAUUGACUAUCUUGACCUGAAUCCUCGAACUGUUCAUAAUCAAGCAUAUUUUGCUCCAGUCCAUACUUUAGAUAGUCCGACAAGUUCCAGCAUUGAAGGAAUAAUAAGUCAAAAAUCAAGCGCUCCACGAACCGAAGCGGUAAACUAUCUUACAAAACCAUCAGGAGAAACGAUAACUAAAUGUGACAAAGUAGACAAACUUCAGGCACUCUGGCAAGAUCCAAUAUGUUCUUUCCCAGAUGAAUCUGCCAAGACAACUUAUGUGAACGAAAAGCCGGAUAAUCUCAGCGUUAAUCACUACGAAAGUCCAAUUAACUUACAAAGAGUUAGUAUUACUAGUAACAGUGAAAAUGACUUAAGAACACCAACAAAUGAACGGCCUCAGUCUUACAUCGAUAUGGAAGGGAAAAAAACUACUAAUGAUCAGAAGAAUUUAUUAUUUUUUAAUAAUGUCAAUCAAGAAAAUGACUCUGUGAAAAUGACGAAUGAAUGCACUAAGUGAAAAACUUUUAUGGAAAUUGAAUAAACUUUAAUCAAAGAAGUUUUGAGACGAAUCAAAGUGUAAAUAUAAAAAGAAAUAUACUCUUACGCUGCAAAUAAUCGUAAAAAGAAAGAGACUGCUAUUAAUUGCCUGGAACAAAGACUUGGACCAAAGUGAGAAAUAAAAAAUAAGAAAAAAUACCAAAGGAAAUAAUAUUAAUAACCUCUUCAGCAUAUUUUUGACUAGCAAAGUUCGUUAUGUAUUCACAAUAAAUUUAUUAAAAUGAAACAAUAAUUAUUCAAUUAACCAAAAGUAGAAA